GAAGCCGCAGAGGGAGGUGAGCGGGGCGCCGAGCAUCUUCUCAGGAAGAAGGAGCCGCAAUGUUUACUCCAGACAGCGUUCUGGAUGAAUAGCUCGCAGUCCCGCCGCCGCCAUGCCGUAGGGUAACCCGCCGGGCGCUUGGAUGAAGCCGAACGGGGCCCGCAGCUGGCAGGAAGCCGGGUGGUUGUAACCGAAGGUGGGAGGAUGCACUGGGCUGCUGGCUUCGCCUCCUCCCGGCCGUGCGUGGUGGAACUGGGGCGGAAUCACAGCCUGCCGCUCGGGCUGUGCGGCUCCGAGCAGCAGCAGUCUUUGUAUGGCUACAUCAUCGCCUUCCCCCUGCAGGACUACGGCGGCAUCAUGUCGGCUCUGGGCUCGGAGUCCUGGUGGAAGAAGACCCUCUAUAUCACCGGGGGGGCCCUGCUGGCGGCUGCAGCCUACCUACUGCACGAGCUGCUCGCCAUCAGGAAGGAGCAGGAGUUGGAUUCUGAAGAUGCCAUCAUCCUCCAUCAGUUCUCCAGACCAAAGAACGGCAUCCCCAGCCUCUCCCCCUUCUGCCUCAAAAUAGAGACGUACCUGCGCAUGUUGGAUCUGCCUUACCAGAACUACUUUGACGGGAAGCUGUCACCGCAGGGAAAGAUGCCGUGGAUCGAGUACAACCAUGAGCAGGUGUCGGGGUCAGAGUUCAUCGUAGACUUUCUGGAGGAGAAACUGGGGCUCAACUUGAACAAGAACCUGACCCCACAAGAAAUAGCCGUGUCCAGAGCAGUCACCAAGAUGGUUGAAGAGCACCUCUACUGGACAAUAGCAUACUGCCAGUGGGUGGACAACGUGGAAGAAACCCAGAAGCUGCUGGCGAUGAACGGUCCUCUGAGCGACACGCUGAAAUGGCUGCUGAGCCACCUGACUGGCAGCAUGGUGCGCAGAGAGAUGUACGGCCAUGGCAUCGGCCGUUUCUCCAAGGAGGAGGUCUACACGCUGAUGGAGAAGGACAUGAGGACCCUGGCCACUCUGCUGGGAGACAAGAAAUACUUUAUGGGCUCCAAGAUGUCAACGUUAGACGCCACAGUGUUCGGCCAUCUGGCUCAGGCUAUGUGGACUCUACCUGGGACCCGGCCAGAGCAACUCAUCAAAGGAGAGCUGAUUAAUCUGGCCAUGUUCUGUGAGCGGAUGCGAAGGAAGUUCUGGCCUGAGUGGUUUGUGGAGGUGGAGGACCUUUAUUACGACGGAGACAGUGAGAGCAGCAGCAGUAGCAGCCCUGCAGGCCUGCUGGACUUUGGCCUGUUCUCCAGGACUGACACUCUGGAUGACAGUGACAGCUGCAGCCAGUCCACCAGACAGACACACACACCGUCCCCCGAGUCGGACCACUCGCUUUUUGACUCGGACGUGGGGACGGGCUCCGAAAACGACAUUCAGCUCAAAGAGGAGAUGAUGCCAGACCUGGAGGUUUGAGUUGUGACCGGUAAGAGCGGGACUUAACAGGAAAGCAAAAUAGCGGACGCAGCAGGCAGCUACAGCCUGACCAGAUGACGCUUUGCACAUCUGGAGAAACUAGUCCAGCGUCUCCACUCGCUAAUUCCAACUUCCCCCAACAGACUGGGUGUGUAUAUGCAGAGAAUACAAAGUAAACCUCAUAAUAAAACAUAGCAUACCCAUUCGUCCCCUUCCUUGCCAUCCGAACUGUCGCGUUGGCAGUUCCUCUUUGCCUUACUUGUCUCGUCCUCAGAUCCAGAAGUCGCCGGUGCAAAAGUUACACAAACCAAACAUUGGAUCUCAUGAGAAGCACGGCGACAGAGGAGGAAGUGUUGCAGAUGUGACAGGUGGCACUUCACUUGCUAUGAGAUGAUGCAACUAAUCACCACUCUGCCAUGUGUCAAAAAUGUGUAAAUCCAUUCCAACAGGUGCAGAUUGAUCAUGUGGCUCAAAAGGGAACAGCUGCCGUGUCUCUGCUGUUUACCAUCCGUGUGCUGAAUAGUAAACACAGACAACAGUGAGUGCCACUUCUCGUCCGUCAGAUCCCAGUGUCAUUUCCUCUAUGCUGCUGUGUAUUGUUGAAAUCUGAUUAAACACCAGGAAAGGAGGUCUAUGACUUCAUCAUCUCCAACCCCAGUCAAGUCGCAGGUUUAUUGGAUUGAGAGCAGAAGAAAGAAUUUGUGCCUGUAUCAGUUACCAGAUUUCAUUUUUAUUAAUUAUUUACAUGCACUUUAUGUUUAAGCUUCAAUUUUUUUCAUUUAUUUAUUUUAAUUUCACCUUAUUUGAUGUGUCAGAGCCAUAUUUGACCACUAGAUGGCGGCAUAAGACAUCCCUUUUGUCCUUCCUUUGCUGUAACACGGAGCAGAUUUCUGCAGGAGAUAUGAGUCAUUUACGGCUACAAACAAAGUAUUUGUCCUUCAUUCCUGACAUUGUAAUUUCUAUUCAUUGGUGACUUGUCAUGCAGCGUGUAGGUGUUGUGUGUGGGUGCAUGCGUAGCUGCAAACUGAAACUGAGCACACAGCAACAAAUCAGCCUUAGUGCUCGGAAUAUUUAUAAAGUGGUGACAUUAGUCUUUUUUUUUGUUCUAUCAUAAUUUAUUAACAGUGCCAUUUGGGGUUUUUUGUAAUCAAUUUGUGUUUACAAAUAUAUAUUUUUAUUAUGUUUGUGUUUUCUUAUUGCUGUCAGAGAUGUAUUAUUUUUGCACUAGUGGAAUUGUUUUUUUUCACUUUAUGUUAAAGGAAAAUCUGCUGUAAAGGCCAAAAAGAGAUGCUAUGAUGCAGGUAACAUGGGAAACCACAGAGGUCCUAGUAAUGAUUAUUCAGUGAGGGAGAAUGCAUCGCUCCUGUUCGCUGUGUGGAUGUGAAUGUUCCCCUGAGCGAAUGUCAUCAGUGAGACAGUUCAUGAAAAUCUCUUUAUGUAAUGAGAUAAGAUUUCAAACCAAAAGGAGCUAGAUGAGAAACCACAAGAAUCUGGAGAGCUUUCAGGUAGAAGAGCUCAAAACGGCAACGUGAUGGAUGUAAAAAUGAUGACACAACAGGAAACUAGCAGUAGACAUGUGAACACAUUUGCUGCUACCGCCGCUAAAGAUGCGCGAAAAGCCUUAAAAUGAAUUCAUCUUUCCUUGCUUUACCAUCAUUUCACAUUACCAGUCUUUUCAUCCAAUUGUUAAUUAAAGACGAGGGGAAAUCCAGCAUUGGAAAUAAAUAUUAGUCUGGUCCUGUUAAAUCUAAUGAAGUUGGCAUAAACAGAGAGAUCUUUGGUCUCUUUUAACAAUACGCCCAGCUGGUCCAUCCUGGAUUUUAUAUUUUCUAUUUCCCAUUGCAGUCCAGCAGAUUGUGAUGUAAAAUUUUCUGGUAUCUUAAUGCCUGGCACGCUAACAAGAUUCCCAGGCCUUUUGGAAGACAAGCAGUCUCAGCAUCACAUGUCCUCUACCGUACCUAAUAAAGGGCAUGAGAUCAUUUUCUGAACUUUUUUUAUCCUGCAUUUAUGCCAGGAAAAAACAAGUGACUUAAUAUUUUAUGCUAAAAAGAUCAGUCAUUGUCUCGUCUGACAGGAAACAAGGCCUCAGAGUGUUUUAGAGUACUACUGAAGUUAAGUAAACCGUAUGUUUACAUUUGUGAUGGUUACACAAGUUUUGUUUUCUGCCAUGCUUCACAAGUUAAAUGUUCCCUAACAGUUGAGCUUUGAAGAUGUUUUUCUUCUCCUUACAAUAUCACACAAUGCGUAGCAGGAAGAUAAAAAUGAAUUAACAUCUAGUCUAGUGGCUUAAAGCAACAAGUUCCUGUGUCAAAUCACAUGGACAUCCCAGCAAAACAACUAACAAUAAAUCUAUUCAAAAAGGCGUCAUCUACAUUUAUGUCAAAAGGAUUGUUACCCACAAGUUUGAUUUCAAUAAACACAAUUACAUUUUUAAUUGGGUUAUCCCGACUUUUUUUCCUGUGUGAAAUUAUGCCACUGCAAUACAAUAAUUAAUUUUAGGGCUGUUCACACAUCUUUACCGCUGUCACCAAUAAAUAUGUUCACGUCUGUAUUUAAAAUUGGUCAAAUUAGAGAAUACAUUUCCCACACAUGGUGGUUCAUGGACCUCCAUAAAACAAAUGAGAUGAGUGGAAUUGUAUUCGUCACCUUUUCUGACACCUUCUGCUGCUCUGAGUUGUCUGGAACAGUCGUCACCAGAUGAGUGAUUUCUCAGAGUAAAGCUGUUACAAAAAGUGAGAAGCUUGUAUAUCGGGUAAAAAAAAAGGCAAAGAAAACGAACUCUCUUUGAAAUGACAAGUUUGUCAUAAGCUAUCUGCAAAUCGCUUCUUUUUUUUUUUUUUUUCCAGUGACACAACCUCUCUGUUUUGUUUUGGUUCAGUGUCGCUGCUCUCAUUAGCAUCCUUCCCAGAAGCAGCAGGCCGCUCAUUCAGCAGAGGGAAAACCGAAAUCCCACGUACGAUGGUUGCUCCAAAACAAAUGACUCGCCAAUUAAGCCAGUGCCUGGCUGGUAAAGUGCAGCAACUGAGCGUCUGGCAGCCAAACAGGAAGAUAUGCUGCUCGAGGUUUCUGUUCAAAACUGGAAAUAAUUAGAAGGUUAAUGUUGACCCUGGUUUUUUUUUUUUGUUUUUUUUCUCCGAAGCAUUUACCGAGAUAAAGGUUUUAAAAAGUUUAAACGUUAGAAACCACAACCCUCGACUCAUCUGUCCCGAGAUCAACUUCUUGGUUUUCUGCCACAUCACCGUUGAAUAAAGGAAGCUAGUGUUGAAAAAACCUACCCAACAUUUCUAUACUCCAAAACAGACAAAUGAUGGUUCUAAGAACACUUUUCCUUUUUUCAAAACUGGAUUAUUUUUUGUUUAAAACAUCUGUGUAAAUGACAUAUUAUAAAAUUCCACUCAUCUUCAUUGAUCUGGGACAGAAAUGGUCAGUUUUAGUCGCUGGGCACUAAAACCAAAAUGAUUUUUCUGUCACCGGACCUUUCAGUAACCAGGUAUCCUGAUAGCUUCAGGUCAGAGCUCGAUUCUUGGACUUUUAAGGUUCUGUUUCCUACAUGUUUUCUUGUCCGACCUGAUCGAUCCGGUCACCACAAACCGUACAGUUGGACUGAUUUAAUCAAGCCAUAUUAAAACUAGAUGUCUUGUUUUUGGAGAAAUGUCAUAGCAAUUAAUGGUGGUGUAAUGUAAAUAUUGUGUGACAAUGUGUAUCCUGCUGUAUGUGGGUCUGACUGAUCCAACUACCUGUGGCUGUGCGGUCAUAAAGAGCGGGGCGUACUGGAGGAUUUCAAUAAAGCCUAGCUGUGACAAUUUUAAA